AAAAAAAAAACUUUGUAAUGGAAAAAUGUGUGCACUUGUAAAUUGUUUUAAUUUUUAGCAAACAUAUUUUAAGCAAUAACUAUGCCUUUAUUAUAAUUUUUAAGUGCAAACGCUAAUGAAAUGUUUUAAAUGUGUUUUAAAUGUAAGAUUAACAAAGUGAUACUUGUAAACAAUUUGCCAUCAUGUUCUCCGGAAAAGAUGCCGCAAACUCUGCAUAUCCUACGCAGUGGGCUUUAAAUCCUACUGCUUAUCAAAAUGUAGAUUCUAGUCAGGUAGACUGGGCCGCUUUGGCGCAGCAAUGGAUUGCUAUGAAGGAAGCUGCGGCCAUUGUGGCUCCUCCGCCGCCGAAACCAGAGGAAGAAGGCGAAGCUCCGAUGGAAGUUGAAAAUCCGGAAACCAAUUGUGAACUGUCUAAUGCUGGCAGCUCUGACUGGAACGCCUCUUCUAACUCAUGGGGAGGUACAUGGAAUCAAUGGGGUUGGGGCUGGCCUGGCAGUGGGCCAGGAGACUCCAAGAUUGCUGCAGAUCCAUCAAUGAACAUGGCACCGAUCAUGGAUGGCUUUGCAGCAGACAACACUGCACCAAUGCCUGGAUAUACAACAGGCACAGCACCAGGGCCUACAUUCCAGCACGGAUAUUGGACGGCACCUCAAGCUGAGCAGACAAACAGGAGUAGUAGUAGGAGUCGAGACAGACGCUCCAAGAGCAAGAAUAGAGAUAACAAAUCCAGUAGAAAUAGAACUAGAGAAAAGCCUGUUAUGAUACCUCCAGUGAUAGAGCCGGUGGUGCCUCCGUCACCUGUCAUCACUCCGACUAUUGAUGCUGCUAAACGAAGGCAACUACCAGCUUGGAUUAGAGAAGGCCUAGAAAAAAUGGAGCGCGAGAAACAAAAAGCAAUAGAGCGUGAAGAGGAAUUGAAAGCGCGGGAGAUCGCGGAGCUAGAGAGGAAGAGGUUGGAGGAGGAGGAGUUAGCGAGACUCAAGGCGGAGGCCGGCGGGGAGCCUGCCAUACCAGCCAAGAGCAAAUUUGACUCAGAAUCAGAGAGCGAGGAAGUGGAAGAGAGUCAGACCGAGGAGCCAGCACUGCAGCCUGAGGAACCGGAGGAGCUCGUAGAAGAACCCAAGUCUCCUCUUAUUAAGAAGAGCAAAGAGGAGAUAAUGCAGGAAGUGAUGCUAUGCGUCCGGCGCUCGCUAACAGAAAUCCUCCUGGAGGUGACCGACGGCGAGGUGGCGGCGCUGUGCCAGGAGGAACUCACGCGGUAUAUCGCCGCACAAGCGUCGAGACUCAACGCUAUGAAGGCGAGCAAGUCCAAGGCUCUCGCGGCCAUCGCCAGCGGGCUCGGGCUUGGCGCGUACGAGAGCAGCGAUGACAGCGAAGAGGAAACCAAUGACGUCACCGAUCAACAGCUGCAGGAUAUCAUAAGGCGAAAGAAACAGGAAUUCGAGCGAACGUCGCGCGACAUAGAAGCGGAAGUUCGCCGCGCUGAGCUACGAGAGAGCGGCGAGGACCCCGCUACGCCUGUCAACAUCACGCCAGAGAGACCGAAACAGCCUCGGUCAACAACACCGCCUCCUCCGAUUGAAGGUGAUACGCCCGAGAAAAAACCGGAACGUCGCCUUUCAAAAGAUAAAAAGAAUCACAAAGCCAUUGAUAAAGUAGAUGGUCCAAAAAAAUUAGAGGUGAUUCCAGAAGAGAAAAUAAGAAAGAACAACAAGUACGACAAAACACCGAGCCCGCAGAAACCUAGCAAAUCUAGCAAAGACAGUUCCAACUCGAGUUCUAGUGAUUCCGAAGAUGAUUCCUCGUCUAGUUCCAGCAAAUCGUCAUUGGAAAGUGAUCCCGAAGUCAAAUUAGAGAACAUUCGCCCCAAGAAACGCAAACACAGAAGCUCUAAUUCUAGUGAAUCCCAAAAGAAACUGAAGAAAAAUAAAAAAGAAAAAUAUCAGAAAUCCAGUGAAAAAAGUUACACCAAGUCAAAACAUCAAGACGACUACGAGAAAAUAGAAAAAUCCAAGUCUAGAAAAAAGGAUGAUUACUACGACAAACAUAAAUCUAGAAGUAGGGAUUACGAGAAGUCGCACAAAGAGAAGUAUAGGGAAGAAUCGGACGAUGACAGACCGAAGAAACGUUCGAAAAGAUCACGUUCGAUUAGUUACGAAUCGCGGUCCGGACGACGGAGAAGUAGAGAUCGGUCCGAAGAUAGAUCUCGUAGGCGCGAUAAGAGAUCUUACGAUAGGGAUAGUUUCAAGAGGGAUAGGUCUUACGAUAGGUCUCGAGACUACGAUAGGUAUGAGCGCUCUAGGGACGACCGCCACGACAGCUAUUCCCGCCAUCGCCGAUGAACACCAGGUUACCAAUUGCUCAGGUUCUGGUGGCUGUAGAGAUUAUUGCUUCAAAUGUAAAUAGUGUUUUGUGCAUAUUUCGUUUGCAAUUAGCGUGUAAUAAUUACAAUAAAAUUAUUACUCUGAA